AAUCCCUCGUUAAUCUAUCGAGUUUCCCUCUCAACUCUGUGUCACUCACCCCAGGCACCUAUAGUCGUUUAUAGUUUUGUAGCUCCUCCAUUGUUGAGGGAGAUCACAGAUCAAAGAUGACGGAGGCAAUGAUAAGGAAGAAGCCGGGCAUGGCCAGCGUGAAGGACAUGCCGCUUCUACAAGACGGACCUCCGCCCGGAGGUUUCGCUCCGGUCAGGUUCGCCCGCCGAAUUCCCAACACUGGCCCCAGCGCCAUGGCCAUUUUCCUCACUGCUUUAGGCACCUUCUCUUGGGGCAUGUACCAGGUCGGCCAAGGCAACAAGAAGCGUAGGGCAAUAAAGGAAGAAAAAUAUGCUGCUCGAAGAGCCAUAACUCCCAUGUUACAAGCUGAAGAGGAUGAAAGAUUUGUCAAAGAAUGGAGGAAGUAUCUAGAAGAAGAGGCGAGAAUUAUGAAGGAUGUUCCUGGUUGGAAAGUGGGCGAGAGUGUGUACAACUCGGGGAGAUGGAUGCCCCCAGCUACCGGAGAGCUUCGACCUGAUGUCUGGUAAGAUCUUAUACUAUCCUGCUGGAUGUGCAGAAGCAACAGCAAUCAUGUUCCAGUCAUUGCAGUAUGUGCUGUCUUUGGGCGCGCAAGUAAUAAUGUACCUUCGACUUGUGUUCAAAUUGUUCAAAACAACCGUGUAGUUUUCUUUUAAAAUAAUUUAACGUAUUCUCAUGAGAUUUGGGAGUAUAAUUAUACUCUUCUUACUGGAUCAUUUUAUGUCAUGAGUAUGGUCACUGCCAUACAUGUUUUUCUGGACUUUUUUUUUUUUUGGUUUAUGAGGAAAUUUGAAGUGAA